AUGGAACAUGAACAGGGUCCUCAUCAAUUAACAGGUUAUGAGCCCAACGCUGCAAGAGCGUUGGGCCCUGGCGACUCCGCAUCUGGACCUGUUCAUGUGAGAUCUAUGUUGAUGCAAGAGCUGACGAUUGAACCAGAACUUCUCAAUCAGAUGAAUGCAUGGGCAAAUCAGACGGCGCAAAGCCAGCAAGAUGCAGCAAUUCUGAUCCAGGAGUUGUUCAGAAGGACCCAGGUCCUUGGUGAAGCAGUUCAGCAGAUUCCUCGUAGUUUGUGCGAUCAGGUGCGUGAGCAGCUUCAGGCCGACUUAGCUGCGCAAGAGAAACACAUGAUUGACUUGACAGGUAGGGUGACAGUGUUGGAAAACUUGUGUAGAGAUGUUGUCGCAAGACUGAACGCCUUAGAAAUAGAGGUGUCCAACCAACGGUCAGUGCUUAGUCAUGUUCAACAAGAGUGCCAGCAAGUUGAGUCCCUGAAGUUUCGAUGUGAUGCGUUGCAUGACGUUGUUGCGCAGCAUGUUCGUGCCAGUGAUGACACAAGCGUCUUGCAUGUUCGGGUUGAGGCCCUUCAAGACAUGAUGAACCAUGUUGCAAAUCAGCUUGAUGAGUUGGUCGCUGCUCAGUGUGAUGUUGCCCGAAAUGCUCUAGAGCAUGAUUUGCCCGACCCUGCUUGCAUGACCCCGAGAAACCGUAGGCCAGAGCAUUUUGUAAUGAGCCCAGAAGUCAUCUCAUGUAGUCUUCCACAGGCCAACCAGCCUUCUGACCGCACCGUGCAGAACCUUCCUGAAGUGCCGCCGUUGCCUUUCGCAAGGAUAGAGCCACGUGCGCCCCCGGCAAAGUCGUCAAGCUCUGCCGGUCCUCUCCCAGCAGCUGCAGCUGCACCCAUUCCAGCAGUUCCUCAAGCAAAGGAGCCAAGUGUUUCAGUUGCAACAGCUUCAUGGUCUCAUGUUGGUGCUAGUGAUGUUGGUCAUGGUGGUAGUGCCGCUCUUGGCGGAAUGGGUGGCGUGCCAGAGUCAGUGUCCGAGUCCAGCCUAGGUCAGUCUCAAGGUUGGCAGUGCCCGCCAGGGUUGCCCAACGCCCAAGCACAUGCAGUUGCAUCAAUGGCAGUUUCUGAAGGAAAUGUUGGCCUUGGGGACUAUAAGUACAUGAAACAAAGUCCUGCGCUGAGCUUGACAGGUGACAGAACAUGGGAGAAGUGCAUGGCGUUAGAUCUCUGGUUUCAGCAGAUGUCCAUCACCGCUUCUGCCGUAGGAAAGGGUAUGGAGUCGCACUGGAGGUUUGUGCUUGCAAAAGCUCGCGAUGUCUACAGCAGAAAUCAAAGCUUGAGCAUUGCCGAGCGUGUCACUGUUGCAGCAGAUGGCUCGCUAGGCCUCUCGACUUUGCCACAAGGAAGUGAACAGUUGGAAGGAAAGUUGUUGGUUGCGUUAAUGGCUGCGCUGCCUGAGGAAAUCAAACGGCCAAUGCUAGAAGCUCAUCCAAGCCGGGCGCCGACAAGCCUGGAACUGGUUCACCAAGCACUGGAAUGGUGCGCGCCCGGAGGCAAGGAAGACCGCAGGUCGUUGCUUGAGUUUGUUCGACGCCCUGGUGGUGCUUUCGUGUCAGCUGCAGACUGCAGAGCGAGGCUCCGAUUGUGGAGAAGUGCAAAGCACAGGCUCACUCGCCUUGGUCUUUCCCAGCCUCCUCCCACUGAACUUCUAAUGGCCUUGGAAGAGAUCGUUGCCAGUAUGGAACGGAAGCAUGAGUCGCUCAGGUUUGCACUUCAGGCUGCCCGCCUUGCCUCUGAAGUUCGCCAGCCGACCGAGCAAGGCGUUCUAGUUUUCGAGCAGCAGGUUGAACAGGAGUUGAUGAUGUUAGAACAGGAUGAGCGCACACGUUCAAGUGCCCAAGGUAUAGGUAUCAAUGCUGUGCGUGAAUCUCCCAAAAGAAAGCCUUGCCAUUUCUUCGCCAAACCCGGAGGUUGCUCGCGUAACCCAUGCCCGUAUGAGCAUGUCAAGCCAGACAAGCCCAGUAAAGCAGAACCUAAGACACCCAGCAAGGCCCAGCCAAAGCAAAAGGGAUCUCCUAAAGGUAGAGAUGGUUCAAAGGGUGAUGGCAAAGGGAAAGGUGAAGGAAAAGGCAAGGCCAAACCAAAGGUCCAAGCAAAAGCUGCUGAAGCAAAGGCGCCGACGCCAAGUGUGGAAAUCCUCGCGUCCAUGUUGCACGUUCAGAGCGAUCUAGAAGCAAGGUUGCAGUCCGUAGAUGCUGCGAUGGUGAAAGACCCCUUGCCAUGGGUUCUGGUUGAUUCUGGAGCAAAUCAAGUUUUGCGACCCUGGGACCAGGAGGUGGAAAAAGAGCUCGGCCAAGCAACGCCUCUAAAUGUGACCCUUGCCAGUGGAGAAAUGCGCCAAGGGUGGAAAACAUGCCAGGGCGAAGUUGUUUUGCCAAGAAAGUUCAGUCAGCCCCAUGCCAAAACUCCUUGGAUUUUGCCCGUCAGUCGCCUCGUGCAAGAGCUUGGAUAUCAGGUUGUUUGGAAGCCGGCUGCAGUAGAGCUUGUAGCACCGUCUGGAAACAAAGUCACCUGCGUCAUGAGACAUGAUUUGCCUUAUUUGAAAUGGAAAGAUUUCAAGGGUAUUCGCAAGCAGUUGGCAAAAAGCUUCCAGAGAGGUGCAGUAGCGCAAAAAUGUGGAAGUUUGAAUGCGGGGUCGGCUGAAGAAGAUGAGGAAGCAGUGUGGUCCACGCUCACCCGAGCGGACGAAGUUGAUGCUGCAGAAGAAGGAGACGUGUGGUGCAGUAGGAUGCUGUGUUUGGAGCCAGAAGCCAUUACGGCCUCAGCUAGGAUCAGAGAAAUUCAAGCACAUGCCCUUGAAGAAGUCGCAAAGGCUUAUUUGUCUGAAUUCCAUGUCCUAGCUGAGAAAGAUUUGCCUGGUGUUCUUGAAGCACUUGUUUCACAGCUACCCUAUGCAGACCGAUUUGCGCCACGUCAGGCCAAUGAAGCAAGCCAAGGAAAGACGAACUCGGUUGUCAUUGGUUUGUAUCAGCACGGCUCUUUCAGCGGUGUCACAACGUGGACGCAUCGCAUCCCACACACAGUGAAGCUGAUCAACGCAAUACUAGCCCAGCAGUUGCCUCACGAUGCAGUUUGGACAUCCAUCCAAAUGUCAAAGAAUGCUCAGGUAGCGCCUCACAGAGAUUCGAGAAACCAAGGGGUGUCUUACUUGAGGGCUUUUGGUGACUUUGAAGGGGGGAAACUAUGGGUAGAAGAUCCAGCUGGUCAAACAGAAGUUCGCCACCAAGAUAAAAUGUUGAUGGGCACCCUGUACCCCACUAAAGGCCAUUGGUUGAAGCUCAACGCAAAGCAUUUGGUCCAUUCUGUUGAGAAAUUUCUCGGCACAAGAAUUUCUGUUAGUGUGUACACUGCAGGAACUGGAAAGUUUGUCACGCAUGAGAUGGGCAGUAGUUUGUCUUCGUUUGGAUUCAAGCUUCCAAUGUCGCAUCGGCGAUACGAGGCCACAGUACAGGGGUGUUUGGGCGGGGAGGCACCAUGUCAGGUUGAUCCCUGGUGCGCUGGCAUUCCCAGCAAUCUUCAGUCCCGAUCCUCAGAUGUGCUGCAAGACCAAGAGUAUCAGCCGGCGCCUGACAUGCGUCAAUCUGCAGUUGCAGCCGUUUUUGGCAAAGGUGUAGUAGAGCACAUUGGAAAUUCCGAACCAGAUGACAUUGGAGCCACAGUUUGCUUUGGCCCCUUGAGUUUAGAUGCUGAUGCCAAAGAUGAACAUGCCAGGUGUGGCCAUGUGCCAAGUCGUCCUGAUUGUGAAGCAUGUCAGGAAGCUCUUGGCCUCAGACGCAUUCACAGGAAAGUACCAGUAAAUGCUAGAAGCACAGCCGUGUUGAGUUUGGACCUGACAGGACCACAUCCGAGGGCUUUUGAAACGCAUGCUCAGUAUGCCCUUAUUGCAGUUGCAACUCUUGACAAUGGGUUGAAUCUUGUUUAUGGGGUCCCAGUGCUCGACAAGACGUCUGCAAUCGUCCUCACUGCCACCCGGCAUGUCCUCGGGAUCUUGCGUUCUUUGUUUGGCGGCAAACUUCCCAUUGCCCAAGUGCACAGCGACUGCGGUGGAGAGUUUGUGUCAAAUUUGUUUCGAUCAGCCAUGCAGGAAAUUGGUGUUUUUCAAACAACGUCUCAGCCAGGGGACAAAGCGCAAAAUGGACGUGCUGAAAGGUACGUUGGGAUUGUAAAGCAAAAAACCGUAGCUCUUCUGCAAGAGGGAAAGCUCCCGGUGACCAUGUGGGCGCACGUCUUGCCCCACGCCUGCUUUCUCCUUAGACAGAGUGCUUUGGCCAGAACAGUCCCAUCAAAGCUGCCUGUUCCUGGCGACUGCGUGAUUGUGCCUGCCAAAGAACAAGCUGUUCGCGAGGGAGGUGAUUUCGUGCCGAAAGUCAAAUAUGGAGUGUUCAUUGGCAUCGACGAAACCAUCCCUGAAGGUGCCAUUGUUGCAGUGCGAGAUGGGGUCACAACAAGUCUCACGCGUGUGUCAGGUCCAAAGAAGUGGAAAUCAGCAGACCUGAAGCGAUGGCGCAUGCACACACACCCAACCCAGGCAGACAAAGCUGUUUGGGUCUCAAGUGUAGGAGAUGUUGUUUGGUCUAGUCCUCACUCCAGUGCCAUUUUGGCCUUCGAAGAACGUAGGCCAGCGCCGGGCCCAACUGAUGUUGCAGAGUUUGUCCGGCGAGGCAUCCCAGGCCUCUCAGCACAGCAGUACUACAGUUUGUACAUGCAUUCGUACGAAGCCCCAGAGGAAAUAGCAGACACAAAUGCUGUCAGGAAUGUUGAAUACUCUUGGUUGGAACUUGCAGCUCAUCAGGCCAAUCUUGUUCGGGAAGCUUGCCACAGCCCAGAUGCUUGGGUCACCGUAGGUUCUGUUUUGAUCCGCAGGCAUUUGACACCCCGUGUGAACAUGUUUGAGCCAAUUGAUGAUGAAGUCUGCAGAUCCCCUGCCACCAGUUUAUGUGCAGACAGGGUUACCGUGGUUUUGGCUGAAGGAGACAAGAAGAGCGUUGUGAUUGACAGGUGGACUGAAGGCAAUCCUGGAAGGCAUCUCUUGCCAGACAGUAGAAAGUGGCGCGGUGUCACGCUGUUUGGUAUCCUCGCCACUUCCUUGCCAGAGCCACUUGCAUCAGCCGCAGUUGCUUCCGCGCAGGCAGAAGCAGCAAUCACUACAGCAUCUCCAAAAUAUUGGCUUCCAGACCCAGCAGCAGAAACCGAAAUGCAUAGACUGGAAAGUGCGGCCGCCAACCUUGAAACUCAUGAGCUGGUUAACGUGCCUGUUGACCCGAAAGAAGUUGAACAUGCUUCCGAGCCUGAGAAAUUGAAGUGGUUGGCGGGUAUAGAUAAAGAAAUGUCAAACUUGGAAGCCAUGGCUGUAUUUGACCGCAUCACUCAGGAGGAGUAUGAUGUUUGGAAGGCCAGCAAUCCCAGGUUGGCAAGGCCUCUCCCCACAAAGCUUGUGUUGGUCAAGAAACCACAACCUGAUGCCACAGAUUUUGACAAUCCCUACAACCACAAGGCGCGAAUUGUUGUUUGCGGAAACAUGCAACAGAAUGCCCAGAAAGAAAUGACAAAUCGCGCCGAAGUACCAGACGCUUUUUUCACUCGGUGUAUUUUAGCAAUGGUAGUGCUGAAAACGUUUUGCCUCACAGUUCUUGAUGUGAACGCAGCAUUUCUCUAUGCUUCCUUGCCAAAAGAUGAGCCGCCAGUGACAGUGUCACCGCCAGGACUGUUGAAACGGCUCGGCCUUGCAGGCCAAACUGAACUAUGGGUCUUGAGAAAGGCUUUGUAUGGCUUGCGUGUAUCUCCAAAAUGUUGGACCAAGACUAGAAAUGACACGGUCCGAGGUGUUGAAGUGCAGCUCCCUGAUGGAAAAGCUUGUGUUUUUCAGCCAGCAGACUCGCAAGAACAUGCUUGGGUGUUGGUUUGUGACUCGGGGGGGAUUGUAGGCUAUGCCCUGUUCUACGUUGAUGACAUUCUGCUUGCCGCACAUGCUGCGAACCUUGUUGCGAUUAGGAACGCAGUGAAGUUGAUCUGGAAGGUUAAGGAUCAAGGAACUCUCCUCAACCCUGCCGACAAGUCCCACACGGAUGAGGCAAAGAUGUCCCUCAAUGUUCAGAGUGAGCUGGGAUUUUUGGGAAUGAGGCUUGGUUUCAAUGCAGCUGGCAAUCUGGAAUGCCACCAAUGUCCCUACAUCCGUAGUUGCUUGAAGGAGCGUGGGUUUGGAGAAGUUCGAGGCAGCUUGUCACUUCCAGCCGUGCAGGAAGGUAUGCAGCCUGAGUUUGCAAACCGUGACUCUGAAGAGUACAGAGUGCUGAUCCGCAAAGGGCAGCAGGAAAUCGGUGCACUGCUUUGGGCUUCGCAAAGAAGCCGGCCUGACAUUGCGGCGUGUGUAGGUGCAUUGGGGUCGUUGCUUGUGACUCAUCCAAAGAAGGUGUUGGAAUGGUGUCAUCAAGUUUGGAGAUACCUUGCAGGCACGGUUGAGCAUAGGAUUGUGUUUCAAGGUCAAGCAGUUCAAGCGGAUGCCUUUGAACUUAGUGUCAGUGCAGAUGCCAGUUUUGCGCCAGGUGGAAGUAAGAGUCGGUCUGGCGUAGUUGCAAUGCUCAAUGGAUGUUUAAUCCAAUGGUCCUCUACCAGGCAAAGCCUAGCUGCUCAAAGCGCAGUUGAGGAUGAAAUCCAGGCAGCAGGUUUGGGUUGUGUGACAGCGAUUGCAAUCUUGAACUUGAUGAAAUCUCUCAUAGGCAAGAGCACCUUAAGGGUUGAACUUUUGUCGGACAACACAGGUUGCAUCGCAAACAUUUUGCACACAGUAACCACAUGGAGAAAUCGCCAUUUUUGCAUUCGCGCAGCUGCCCUUCGAGACCAAUUGACAGAGCACAGCAUAGAUUUGAAAUAUCGAUCUGGAAGGCUGAUUUUGGCAGAUGCUUUGACCAAAGUUCUUGGGAGAAACGCUCUUGAGCUUGCAAGGGCGGCGUUGGGUGUGUCCAAUCCUCCGUAUA